AUGGCCUUGGUAGCAUUCCUUAGACGAAACCAAGACAUUUUUGCGUUGAGCCAUGAAGAUAUGCCAGGAAUACCUCCAUCCGUAAUUGUCCACAAACUAAUGGUCGACCCGAGUCAUCGACCGGUUAAACAGGGAAGAAGAAGUUUUGCUCCUAAGCGGAAUCAGGCUGUAGCCGAGGAGGUACAGAAGCUCCUGAAGGCAGAGUUUAUCCGAGAAGUAGAUUACCCAGAGUGGUUGGCUAAUGUGGUGUUAGUCAGAAAAGCUACCGAAAAAUGGAGAAUGUGCGUCGAUUUCACCAACCUCAACAAAGCAUGUCCCAAAGAUAGCUUCCCCUUGCCUCGGAUCGACCUACUGGGAGACUCUACAUCCGGGCAUGAACUACUCACGUUCAUGGACGCUUUCUCGGGGUACAAUCAGAUUCACAUGGAUGAGAUCGACCAAGAAAAAACAUCUUUCAUUACCGACCGAGGCCUUUAUUGCUACAAGAUGAUGCCAUUCGGUCUAAAAAAUGCGGGGGCCACAUACCAGAGGCUGGUAAACAAGAUGCUCCUAGAUCAGAUCGGACGGAACGUAGAAGUUUAUAUCGACGAUAUGCUUGUCAAGAGCAUCCGAGCCGCCGGCCAUAUAGCAGAUUUGAGGGAGACCUUCGAGACGCUAAGGAGUCACAAGAUGAAGCUCAAUCCGGCAAAAUGCGCUUUCAGCGUCUCCUCCGGGAAGUUCUUGGGGUUUAUGGUUUCCGAGUGCGAGGAGGCCUUUGGGAGGUUAAAAGAAUACCUGAUCAAUCCCCCGCUCCUGAGCCGCCCGGAUGAAGGCGAAAUACUUUAUCUCUACCUGGCAGUAUCUCCCUCGGCUGUCAGCUCGGCUAUGGUUCGCGAGGAUUCAGGAAUCCAAAAACCGAUGUAUUUCACCAGCAAAGCACUUCAUGGAGCCGAGGAGAGGUACCCUCGGAUAGAAAAGUUAGCAUUCGCCUUAAUUGUCUCUGCACGAAGACUCAGGCCAUACUUUCAAGCACAUGCCAUACGGGUACUAACCGAGUAUCCAAUGAAGAAGAUAUUACAAAAACCGGACCUCUUGGGCAGGUUGGUGAACUGGUCGGUGGAGCUCGGGCAAUUCGACAUAGAAUUCCAUCCUCGAACAUCCAUCAAGGGUCAGGUACUCGCUGACUUCCUUCUGAAAUUCAAUAAUGCACCCGAAAGCGAAGAACUGCCCAAGAAGGAGACCUGGGUGGUAUAUGUAGACGGUUCCUCAGCCAACCGGAAAAGUGGAGUCAGCGUUGCUCUUGCAAGCCAGGAUGGAGAAAAUUUUCAAUACGCGAUCAAGUUAAACUUUGUUACUACCAACAAUGAGGCAGAGUACGAGGCCGUGUUGGCCGGGCUUUUUAUAGCUCAGGAAAUGGGAGCAAAGAACGUAGAAAUCCGAAGCGAUUCCCAGGUAGUAGUAAGCCAUGUGCAGGGAGUUGCCGAGGCUCAAGGGGAAAAAAUGAUCCAGUACCUCAACAAGGUACGCGAAUAUCAAUCUAACUUUGACAGGACCGCAAUGACAAAAAUUCCCCUGGAGGAAAAUGUCCAGGCAGACGCCCUCUCCAAAAUAGGCUUGGGUACCGGACCCGAUGUCCAAACAUCACCCUACGAGAUGGUUAUACAAACCGAACCAUCAAUUACUCCAAAGUUAGACGUGAUGGAAACCGAAGAAAAAUCAACUGGCCCCGAGUGGGUCACUGAUGUAAUUCAGUACCUCCGAGACGGAUCUUUACCCAAUGACAAGCUGUUGUCUCGCAAGGUAAAAAUGCACUCAUCCCAGUACGUGCUUAUUGGAGGAGUACUUUACCGAAAAGGAUACACCAAGCUACUUCUCAAGUGUCUCACAAACUCGGAUGCAGAGUAUGUGCUUAAGGAAAUACACGAAGGAGUCUGCGGGAACCAUUCAGGCUCUCUGAUCCUAGUACACAAGGCGAUGAGAGCCGGGUAUUACUGGCCAACAAUGAACAAGGACUCGGUCAGGCUGGUUCAACAAUGCGACAAGUGUCAAAGGCUUGCUCGGGUGAUGAAGAGCCCCCCUGAAAAACUCAGUCCGAUCAGCUCGCCUUGGCCAUUUACGAAAUAG